CUACAAGUACAACAUGCAAUAAACUAGUUAUAAUUUUCACUUCUGAACUAUUGAAUAUAAUAUUCUACAGACCACUCAGCAAGAAGGCUGUAAUUUACAAUUUAUCCAAACAAACGAAGAGAAAAUAAAUAAGAUGAAGUUUGGUACAGCAUUUUUUCAAACCAAACCUGUGGAAAAGUUAUUAUGCAUUGGUAUAAGUGUUGGAAUACUUAUAAUAUUGGUCUUCUUCUUAGCAAUAGGAAUAGUGAUAUACAAUUCUGGGAGAUGUCAUGGUACUGCGUUGACAGAUACUCAACUGAAGCAGUUGAUGGAAGCGCUCAACCAGGAGCCGUCUGAUAAUUCCGACAGAAAAAUUGUCGGAUCAUGUGGUAAGAAGAAUUUAGCAUUUCAAAAGAAAUGUGGACAAAGUUCAUAUAUGGAUGGAUAUGAAUGUGGUUUGGCUGUUGAUGGGAAUUUCAGUAAUUAUAUACACACAAAAUUUUUCUGGAAGAAUAAUGCUUAUCACGGAGAAAGCAACCCGAAUUGGUGGGUUGAUUUGGAAAGUAGUUGUAUGAUUAAACUAAUCAAAAUAUACAACCGAAAAGAUUGUUGUGGUACAAGAUUCCGCAACGUUGAAGUUACCAUCGGAAACUCAUUAUCAAGCAUGAAGGUUUGUGGGUUUUAUCAUGGCUCAGCUGCAAAAGGAGAAAUAAUAUCUAUAUCUUGCAGAGAACCAAUGGUAGCACGUUACGUCAAGUUGGCGAUUAAGGACCAGAAUACAGAAGAAGCAAUAUUAAACUUUGCUGAAAUUCAAGUGUUCUCUUAGAAAAUAAAAAAAGUAUUUUCGUUUC